AUGUCGAACAAACAAGUCAAUUCCCAGCCCUCAUCCAACGAGUACCCAAUAAGUCCCGAAAAGCUCGUCUCGAUAAUCGAGGGAAAUCUCUCAGACGUGAGUCUGGAGAGCGACAUCGCAGCUUAUACCGAAAAGGUUCUUGCAGAGCUCAGCAAAGCGUCAUCGGUGCACAAAUUUGUGAUUUCGGUGACGAAAAUCAACGCAGUACAGGGUCAGAACUACGAUCUCGGUAUCGACUCGUAUGUGGGCGGAGUUUGGAACAAAGCUACUGACGGUGCAUUCACACAUGCUGUUGAGGUAAUUCCCAGCUUACAACUCCUUCUGACGGUCGUCUGGCUUUCCAAGUAA